GCCGUGCGGGUCCCCCACGCCACCCCCAGCCCGGCGACACGAUGGUGACGAUCCUGAGCACGGUGGAGGCCCAGGCUCCGAGCGCCGCGGGGCCCUCGGGCUGCGGCCCCGUCCCGGUGCCCGUCCCUGUCCCCGUGCCGGUGGUGGCCGUGCCGGGCCCGGCGGUGGCGGCGGCGCUGCCCAACGGGGGCCCCCCCGGACCCCCGCCCGUGGCCGACGACAGCAAAACCAACCUGAUCGUGAACUACCUGCCCCAGUCCAUGAGCCAGGAGGAGCUGAGGAGCCUCUUCGGCAGCCUCGGAGACAUCGAGUCCUGCAAGCUCGUCCGCGACAAGGUCACCGGGCAGAGCCUGGGCUACGGCUUCGUGAACUACGUGGAGGCCGGAGAUGCCGACAGGGCCAUCGGGGCCCUCAACGGCCUCAAGCUGCAGACCAAGACCAUCAAGGUGUCCUACGCCCGGCCCAGCUCCGCCUCCAUCCGCGAUGCCAACCUGUACGUGAGCGGGCUGCCCAAGGCCAUGGGGCAGAAGGAGAUGGAGCAGCUCUUCUCCCAGUACGGCCGCAUCAUCACCUCCAGGAUCCUUGUUGACCAGGUCACAGGUGUGUCGCGGGGGGUGGGCUUCAUCCGCUUCGACAAGCGCGUGGAGGCCGAGGAGGCCGUGCGGGGGCUGCACGGGCAGAAGCCCCUGGGGGCGGCCGAGCCCAUCACGGUGAAGUUCGCCAACACCCCCGGCCACAAAUCGGGGGGGGCCCUGCUGAGCCUCUGCCCCGGGGCCCGGCGCUACGGGGCCCUGCACCCCCCCCCGCAGCGAUUCCGACUCGACAAUUUGCUGAACGUGGCGUACGGGGUGAAAAGCCCGCUGUCGCUGCUGCCCAGGUUCUCCCCGCUGGCCAUCGAGGCGGUGCCGGCGCUGGCCGGGGUGGGCUUGGGGACCCCCGGCCCCGGCUGGUGCAUCUUCAUCUACAACCUGGCGCCCGAGGCAGAUGAGAGCGUCCUGUGGCAGCUCUUCGGGCCCUUCGGGGCCGUCACCAACGUCAAGGUCAUCCGGGACUUCGCCACCAACAAGUGCAAAGGCUUCGGCUUCGUCACCAUGACCAACUACGAGGAGGCCGCCGUGGCCAUCGCCAGCCUCAACGGGUACCGCCUGGGCGACCGCGUGCUCCAGGUGUCCUUCAAGACCACCAAGCAGCACAAGGCCUGAAGGGGGGGCGGCCGUGGGGGUCUCCUGGCGGGCUGUGGGACCCCCCUCCGACGUGGGUACCACGGAGAAACCCAACUGGGGCACCUCGAGGAUCUCCGAGGAAUCUUCGGGGGAUCACCCAUGGGUGCCGCGGAGAAGCUCAGCUGGAGACUGUGGGGACCUCGAGGGUCUUUGGGGACAUUUAGGGGUCUCCUGUGGGUGCCACGGAGACCACGGGAAAGCUCAGCCUGGAGACCUGGAGACCUCGGGGAUUUCCCCCCAUGAGCACCACAGAGAAACCCCAGCAGACAUCUGGAAACCUCGUGGACCUUCAGGGACCUCCCGUGAGCGCCGUGGAGAAACCCAGCUCAGGAGAUGUUGAGCUGCCCCCUCCAUGGGCACCAAGGACAUCCUGGGGGUCUCCGGGAUGGAGAAACCGCACCUGGAGACCUCGGGGAGCCCCUUCCUGAUCGCCAAGGAGACCACAGAGAAACCCCCCUGGACGCCUGGAGGCCUCAGGGAACCCCUGUGAGCACCAAGGACACCCUGGAGAAACCCAGCUGGAGGUCUUGGGGACCUUGGGGCACCCCCUGUGAGCACCAAGGACACCCUGGAGAAACCCAGCUGGAGGUCUUGGGGACCUUGGGGCACCCCCUGUGAGCACCAAGGACACCCUGGGGUCUUCAGGGUGGAGACCCACCUGGAGACCUCGGGAAUCUCCCCCAACAUUGAGCACCAAGGACACUUGGAAGACCUCGGGGACCCCUCUGUGGCUCUGGGGACACCGAGGGGACACUGGAGGCACAGCCUGGACACCCUCACCUGUCCCCGAGGCAGGACGGGGCAUCCCGAGGACUCCUCCAGGUGUUCCAGGACACUCGGGGGGGGGCCCUGGAAAACCUGGAGACCCCCCAGGACACUGCGGACACACCUGGGACCCCCCCUACCCAGGUACCCCCAAACCCCACCACUCUGGCGGUGGCCGGACCACCUGGAGCGGUGCCCCCCUCCCCUUACCUGAUCCAGGUGUGUCCAGGUGCCAAGUGGGGGCUGUGCCCCCCCCUUCCCUCCACUCCAGGAGAGGUUUCUGCUCUCGCUGUCUCCUUUCCAUGCUUUUCCUUCAUUUUUCUGGGGGAAGGGGAGGAAUUUUUUGGGGAGAAAGAACAAAAACAUUUAAUUAGACACGUUACCUGCUAUCGGGUAACGAGGAGCGCGCCCGACGUGGGGAGCAGCGACUCCUUGGGAGCCACGGACCCAAACCCAUCUAUUUUUAUAACAGAAUAUUAAAAAUAUCCCCCCCAAAAAUCCCCAAAAUCGCCUUUCCAGAGGGGGUGGGAACCUGUUUUGUGCCCCCCUCCAAGUUCCUUGGAAGCAGAUUUUUACCCCCAAGCGGGGUCACGGCACAUUUUGGGGGGGUCAGUGGAACUAAAAUUCCAGGGAUUCCCUCUGGAACCCCCAAAAUUUUGGCCAGGGGGAUGUGUCUUGUUCACACUUCCCCCCCCCCCCUUCCCCAAAUACCCCAAAAUGGGCAUUUUUUGCCCCAAAUUCCUUCUCUUGCUGGGGUUUGGCCUCUUGGAGCGUCCUGGCCAAAAAACAGGCGGACCUUUCUCUCCCCACUAAAACCCCCAGCCCCGAGUCUCCUGUCCUCAUUAUAACUGUUAUUAUUCUUAAUUAUUCUUAAUUAUUAUUCUUAUUAAUUAUUCUUAUUAAUUACUGUUGUUGGUGUUGUUAUUAUUAUUGCGAUUCUUAUUUAUUUACCCUUUGCCGUCGGGAUAAUUUCUCACUUUUCAGUGGUUUAUUUCCUAUUUAUUUCCAAUUCUUCCCUGCUUUUCCCUAAUCCUGGGAACCCCCCCUCCCAGGACCCUCUUUUUCCUUUGGGACCCCCCCCAAAAGCCCCUCCUGGCUCUUGGUUUUUUUUUUUGGUGUCGUGCCUGUGUGAAGCUUCUUGUAGUUUUAAUUAUUAUUAAUAUAAAUAUUUAGGAGGGACCCCCGUGUCCAGAUCCGCCGUCCUCCCCCCAAACUCUGACCCCCGCCCCCUUUCCCGGGGAUCCAGCCCUGGAAUUUGGGGGGAGAUGGGGGGACCCCCAGUUCAGUAGCAAUAAGGGGUCCCCACCUCAGCCCCGGCCAAUUUUUGGGGGGGGCCCAACGAGGGGACAAAACGUGCCCGGGGACUUCCCCCCUGUGGCACCGCGGGACCCCCCGGAGGGGACCGGGACCCCCCCUCCGGCCCCCACCCCUGGACUCGACUUUGUAUUUUUCAUGGAAAAAAAAAAAUCAAUAAAAAGUUUUAAAAGUUGGAA